UGACGAAAUGCAUCCCAACAAUUUGGAAUUAACCUUUUUACCUUUCGGCUGGGAACUGAUUUCCUGUUUUCUGAUCACCGCAGCGACUGGUAUUACUGUUGACCUUCAUUAUGAAAUCGAUAACGAACUUUGUUCUGCUUCAUGA